UUUAAACAACCAAUUACGCGACGCCUCUGCGAUUUUCGACAGGUGUUCGGUGGAUCUGCUCCUCUGCUCCCUUCACCCCCCACUACAAAUACGAGUCGUGGCCGUGCACGACUGAAACUCAUCCCAAAUCUGUGUUUUCGCAAAUCCCAGAAUUCUCUUUGAAAACAUUUUCCACUAUUCUUAAGAGGAAAAGAAUGUCUUCCUGCGGAGCAAACUGUGGCUGUGGCCCUAGCUGCAAGUGUGGCAGCUCUGGAGGGUGUGGAAAGUACCCAGACGUCGAGAAAACCACGACUCCAACCCUUGUCGCUGGUCUUGCACUACCGGUGAAGAUGGACUCGGAGGAGACAGAGAAGGGCGUCGGAGCAGAGGGAGGGCAAGGUUGCAAAUGUAGCCCGUGUAAAUGUGACCCAUGUAACUGUUGAUCGAUAGAUCGAAAUGGAUCCUGCAGCUAGCCUCCGACAUACCACUCACAGUUUCAUCUCCUGGAAAAAUAAGACAGAAUUAAUGUUUGUUCUCUGUUUGUGUGUUUAGUACUGGAUUAUACAUAUAUAGUCUAUAAUAAAACAACCUGGACCUCUGUACCAAAAUUCAUGUUUUGAAUUUUCAGUCGUCCUGUUGGUUCCUUGGUUGUCUGUUUUGUGAGGAGGCUUAUGGAUGUCUGUGGGGAUCCAAUCUAUAUAUAUGUUUUGUAUCAAAA